AUGCAGUGCGUCGUCCUCUCGGCCACUUGCGGCGGCUCAUUGGCGGCCGACGGCGUUGCGCGGCGCACGGCCUCGAGCGCUGUUCGGUCGGACGCGGCCUACCAGUGGAUCCCUCACGACGGCCCGGCGGCGCUUCGGGGGAUGGACGCGGGCGCGCAGACGUUCGUGUGUGACGUGUGGGCCGCCGCCGUCGUUGGCAGUAGCGGCCUCCACUGGCUCUCGAUGCGCGGGCCUCUGGUGCUGUCGGCCACUGUCCCACGCGCAACUCGGACCGCUGGAAGAGCAGCUGCUGGAGACGUGCGCAUGUCGCAGGAGAAGAUACUCUCAGGGGUCCGCAACUACCACGAGCCGUCAUUUCGCUCGGUCGUCACGUCGACGUACUCGAUUGCGAACCGAGCGGCGGAGCCUGUUGAGACUCCAGACGUGUGCAAGUACAAGAAGUUGGGCAGUGAGCUGUUUUGCGCGUUGUACUUUGGCACGGCGGCUACGGGUGUUGUUUGGCUGCACUACUUGACGACGAUUGAGACGGACGGGCGUUUCAGCUCGAAGGGUAAUUUUGACGCAGACUCGGGCUAUGGAUACUGUAUCCGGAACGUGCCGUUUAUGUCGUGGGUCAUGUACACCGUGAUGGUAUUCAGCGAGUGUCUCACUUUGUUUUUGGGACUGCUGUCCGACUUCAGUAUGUGGCGUCCGACUCGUAGUGGUGCGCGGUGCACGAACGACUUCAAGCCGCCUAUUCUCAAGGAACAGCGGCCGACGGUCGGCAUCUUUUUGUAUCACUACGUGGAACCGGUCGCGGGUUUGAUGCAGACAGUGAAGAUCUGUCUUUCGCUGCAGUAUGCACCCGAGCUCGUCCACGUGUUUGUGCUGAAUGACGGCAACACUGGGUCUGCGUGGGACGCGAUCGACCACUUGAAGGUGACGCUGAACAGCAAUGUGAUUGAGAUAUGUGGUGACUUGCGCGGCAAUCUUGCGUGA